CUGUUUAGUGCAUUGUUGACAAACAUGGGGAAAUGACAUAAAGUUACUUAUUUGUUAUAAAAAGUGGGAGGAUCAAAUCUAGUGUAUGAAUUGGUCAAGGAUUCAUGCAGUCACCCCAUUGUGUAAUCUCAUCACAGGAAGUGUUUGGAUCACUAAAGUGAGCUCAAUAUCAAGGCUAAGGGUGCGUUACAAACAAAUAAUCUGACAGAACUGACACUCCAGAGGGAAUUUACAAACGUACCCCAAGAUAAAGACAAAGAGUUGAAAAUUCCACAAGAUGUGGAGCAUAGCUGCAUUGGUGUUAGUGCUGACAGGGUCUGCCUCUUGCUAUAUCACGUGCCCUGGUGGGAAGGUCUGCUCUGAUCAAACAACCUGUUGUUUGACUAAAGGAGGAUAUGCCUGCUGUCCAGUUCCCAAUGCGGUGUGUUGCUCUGACAUGGCCCACUGUUGCCCGUCAGGCUUCAACUGCAAUGCCAUCACCCAGAAGUGUGAGAAAGGCGACCAUCCAUGGAGCAGUGUGCCCAUGCUGAACAAGGUGGCUGCAGAGGAACCAAGCUCUCCUGUCUCUGCUCCGCUCGAAUCUGACAGCAGCCCUGUCCAGAGCAAUGCAAUGGAGAGCUCCAUGGUCGGCAAGGUGCAAUGUGACAACUAUUAUGCUUGUCCCGAUGGCACCACCUGCUGCCACCACCCCACAGGCCUGUGGUUCUGCUGUCCUUACUCUCCUGGUAGGUGCUGUCUAGAUGGGUACCACUGCUGUCCCUAUGGCUAUGACUGUGACCCCACAUACACAAAGUGUGUGAGGUACGGCAACCUGAGGUACCCUUUUGCUCCGAGGCAGGCCCCUUCAAUGAUCGAAGCCAUCAAGGUCUCCAAACCGGAAAACAAGGUCCAUGAUCAGCAGGUCUCAUGGACAGCUCUAGUUCAGGCCACUGACAGCACGCCACAGGCUGGAGUCACUCACUGUGACACUAAAUUCUAUUGUCCUUCUGCAACCAGCUGCUGCAAGGGACCUAAUGGCAAAUGGGGAUGUUGCCCAUUCCCACUGGCAAAGUGUUGUGCAGAUGGCCUGCAUUGCUGUGAAUAUGGAUACACCUGUGACCCAAACUCAUACAAGUGCAGGAAAUGGUACUCUCAGAUUCCUUCAGGUCUGAAGGAUGAUGCUAAUCAGGACUGACACUAUUUCAAAUGGUUUAUGAUCAUGUCACUGUACUGACAUUGGAUUGUACCCUUUUUGUGAAUGCAUUUGAAUUUAACCUUGCACUGAUGAAUACAAGAAUGUUAAAUCAUGUCACCCAAUCAUUCAAAUGUUUCCUUGUUGAGUAUUUAGUGUAUCAUUCCUUAUAGGCUAUCAAUCUCCACUGGCUAAAUUGUAUCAGUCAAAUAUUUAUGUACAGUAUGGGUAAAAUUAAUAAAUUAAUUCUGGAGCGCAUGGGUGUGCUCAGAGUACGCUCUGGGCGAUCAUAAAUUCAGAGCGCUGUCAAGAUUGUCAGUUACUACAUUCAGAGCGCACACUAGACGCUUUGGCCAAUGAGUAGGGUUGAUCCCAUCAUUCUGACCUCACAACUGCAGUCAAGCACCCAAGCUAACUGGCUAACUAAGACUAUUUUACUCAGCCUGUCAGAGCUGGUUAGGCUGUUUUCAUAUUAUCCAGAGCGUUGGUGACUGUAACUGUACUGCUGUCAUCACUUUCAUUACGCCAACGUUUACUGACACCGGCCUUAUUCAACGGGUGUUGAGCGUUCAUAAGUCAUCAGUUAUUCUGUAUCAUUCAUGCUCCUCACUUUCUGAGCCAUUGCCUGUAUUAUACGUGCAGCUCUGUGUACGCGGAUUGGAGUUACUAUGGUAACAACAUCAAGUAGCUAACGUUAGUUAAUAAUAAUAAUAAUAUAUGCCAUUUAGCAGACGCUUUUAUCCAAAGCGACUUACAGUCAUGUGUGCAUACAUUCUACGUAUGGGUGGUCCCGGGGAUCGAACCCACUACCCUGGCGUUACAAGCGCCAUGCUCUACCAACUGAGCUACAGAAGGACCACCCAGUUCACUUGUCCUAGGGCUGCAUUCCAGUACAUUUUAGCAGAGGGAAUAGUAACAUAUUGACAUAGUUUCCUUAUAUACACGUUAUUACAUUUAUAGUUUAAAAUGUCAAUUCCUUCUAGUUGUAUUGAGGCUACAAAAAGUUGCACUUUGAGUACUGUUAUAUUCUCCUAAAAGAAGAAUAGCACCUUUAGGGACAGCUCUAACAACAAUUUGAUACUCCUCUGGAGUGAAUAUAACAUUGUGUGUUCUAAUACAUUCUGGAUAAUCAUAUAGUUGUCCAUCAUUAUUCAAUAAUUGUUUAACCCAAAUAAUGUUGUCAAACUAGUUCUGGAAAAACAGUAGCUAACGUUAGUGUUUAUGUAUCUACGGCUAGCUACGAGCCAACAAUCCUGCCUCCUAUCUACAAUGGCUGUAAUGUCUACAAUGAAUAGAAAAUUGAUUCAGAAUCUCGCUGAAACUCUUUCUAAACACGGUCAAACACUGUAAGUAUGAGUUUUGAUAGCUAAUGUCAGUUGGCAGGGAGUCUAUGUUGCGUCCUGAGAUAGCUACGUUACAGUAACGGCUCGCAGAACUUCUUAGUAGCCAACUACCUAGUUUCUUCUUCUCUGCAUUUAUCUAGCUACAGUAGCUAUAUAUCUAAUAACAAAAAGUGCAAACAAAAGAAAAGUUCAUAGCUAUCUAUUGUUGUCUAGCUCCUCCAACCAAAACUCAACUUCCAUUGAACGUGUUGGCACCACUGUUUAGGUGACAGAUGAGGGCGCUAUAAUCUUGCUUUGUUGAGAUCAUGUCAAGUAUGUCCUGUGUUUAUGCAAAUUAAUAAAAACAUAUAUCAGUCUA